GGUUGUUCGUUGCGGAAUCGCGUCUCCGUGGUGUUCGAAGUGUUCAUAAAUUAUUAACUAUUAGUUACUGGGCGUGGCACUCUGCAUAUGCACUCAAGUGCAUUGUGAAUCAUCUUAUGUGCAAUUUUAUAAAACAAAUACCAGUUCGUGUAUGCUGGCAAUAAGAAAAUAUUGCUCUGCAAAUUGGAUUACCUUUUUUCCUGCACAGAACGAGUCAAAAGCGACGACACGCGUCUUUAUUGUCCCAUUCAAGUAGCGAUCGAAUCAGUUUGUGGCACUUGCAACGACACGCGCUGGACACGUGUCUGCUUUUAGAUUCAGUGGGCGUUGUAUUUACCGUUAUGCCACUGGCUGCAUAAUUGGCCUAAAUUAGCGCAGACAACAUAGAAAUUUUGCAAAAAUGUUUUCCAUGGACAAUUUCGAUUUGGAGGCCACCAUGGCGCGGCACUUCUUCGAAGGCUCGCAGGCAACCAAUGCCUCCAAUUCCAGCUCCGAGUUCUUUUUUGCCGACGAACAUAGUUCGGAGAGUGAUGAUGAUGAUGACGAUGCGUACAGCAGUGGCUUCAAUAGCGAUCAGGAGAACAACGAAAAGACUUACUCUUUAUUUAUGUUCAGACGGCGCAGCCAUAAGCCACGACGUCUUAAGUGUGCUUCACAGAUGGCACAGCAGCGACAAGCGGCCAAUCUUCGAGAGCGUCGGCGUAUGCAGAGCAUUAAUGAGGCAUUCGAGGGAUUGCGCACUCACAUUCCAACAUUGCCCUACGAGAAGCGACUAAGCAAGGUGAGCAAGGUCGAUACACUUAAGUUGGCCAUCAGCUAUAUAACAUUCUUAAGUGAGAUGGUCAAAAAGGAUAAGAAUGGUAACGAAGCGGGCUUGAGCUUGCAGCGCAACUAUCAAAAGGAGCCACCAAAGAAAAUUAUACUAAAGGAUCGCACUGGUGGCAUGGCACACUCACUGUCCUGGUAUCGUAAAGGCGAUCGCUAUCCCGGCAGCAAGCUCUAUGCGCGCACCUGGACACCAGAUGAUCCCAAUGGUGUCCCUAAUCAGCAGCCGCAGCAGCAAGUGCAGCCGCUCUACAACAACAACAAUGUGACUAAGAACAGUUCUCAUUCAAGCCAGUCGCCCCACAGCAAUCAAAGCAGCGACGACUUUAAUCUCUCCGAUGAUAUGCGUAGCGACUCCGGCGCUGCCGCUAGCAUCUUUGGCAGUGGUGGACUUUAAAGCAAUACGCUACAAUUUGCAAUACAAUUUCAAAAAUCUUAACUAGUCAAGUUUCGCUAGUCGACAGCAUAUAGUGGCAUACAAACAA